AGAGAAUUGGGAACCUUGGUCAGGAGGACUUCCAGGGUCAGAGACCCUCGGUCUUUCUGCCUACAAGGCUACAUUGAAAGUGGGCUCAGCUACCCAUAUCCCUCUCUCCUGUGCCUAGUUCAGCAUCCAGAAAGGCCAAAGGAAUACCAGCAAAGCAAUCAAUAUUUGUUCAAAGUGUGAAUGGCUGAAGGCAAGGGAAGGGGAGUGUUCUGGAAGUCCAUUCUCAGUCUUCCUGCCAACCACACCCCAGCAGACACUCCCCUCCCUGGUAAAGGAUAAAGGCUCUCCCCAUCGAGAACUGUAGGAAAGGAGCCAGCCCUUGGUUACAGUGGCCUGUUGCUCAGAAGUGCUGUAGUAGCUGAGCCAUGCCUAGGUACACCGUGCAUGUGCGAGGGGAAUGGCUGGCGGUCCCCUGCCAGGAUGGGAAGCUCACUGUUGGCUGGCUGGGCCGUGAGGCUGUGCGGCGCUACAUGAAGAAUAAACCAGACAACGGUGGCUUCACCUCAGUGGAUGAAGUGCGAUUCCUUGUGCGCCGGUGCAAGGGCCUGGGCCUGCUAGACAAUGAGGACCUGCUGGAGGUGGCCUUAGAGGACAAUGAGUUCGUAGAAGUGGUGAUUGAAGGCGAUGUAAUGUCUCCUGAUUUCAUUCCAUCACAGCCAGAAGGAGUUUUCCUAUACAGCAAAUACCGGGAGCCUGAAAAGUACAUUGCCCUAGAUGGGGACAGUCUGAGCACGGAGGAUCUGGUUAACCUGGGCAAGGGACGUUACAAGAUAAAGCUCACUGAAAUCGCUGAGAAGAAAGUGCAGCAGUCCAGGGAAGUCAUCGACAGCAUCAUAAAAGAAAGAACAGUUGUUUACGGCAUCACCACGGGUUUUGGAAAAUUUGCAAGAACUGUAAUCCCUGCCAAUAAGCUACAGGAGCUUCAGGUCAACUUAGUCCGUUCCCAUUCUUCAGGUGUUGGGAAACCGCUCAGUCCUGAGAGGUGUCGGAUGCUCUUGGCUUUGAGGAUCAACGUCUUAGCCAAAGGAUACAGUGGGAUUUCCUUGGAGACCCUGAAACAAGUUAUUGAAGUAUUUAAUGCCUCCUGCCUGUCCUAUGUACCAGAGAAAGGAACUGUCAGUGCCAGUGGAGACCUUGCCCCACUCUCUCAUCUUGCUCUGGGGCUCAUUGGAGAAGGAAAGAUGUGGUCCCCGAAGAGUGGCUGGGCAGAUGCUAAAUAUGUCCUAGAGGCCCAUGGAUUAAAACCAAUUGUCCUGAAACCAAAAGAAGGCCUGGCACUCAUCAACGGGACGCAGAUGAUCACUUCGCUGGGCUGUGAAGCCCUGGAGCGAGCCAGCGCCAUUGCCCGGCAAGCUGAUAUUGUGGCUGCCUUGACCCUCGAGGUGCUGAAGGGCACCACCAAAGCCUUCGAUACUGACAUCCAUGCUGUCCGGCCUCACCGCGGGCAAAUUGAAGUUGCUUUCCGGUUCCGGUCCCUCCUGGACUCGGAUCACCACCCAUCAGAAAUCGCAGAAAGCCACAGGUUCUGCGAUCGUGUUCAGGAUGCUUACACCUUACGCUGCUGUCCACAGGUCCACGGUGUGGUGAACGACACAAUAGCCUUUGUGAAGGACAUCAUCACUACAGAACUGAACAGUGCCACAGACAAUCCUAUGGUCUUUGCCAGUCGAGGGGAGACAAUUUCGGGAGGAAACUUCCAUGGUGAAUACCCAGCCAAAGCCCUGGACUAUUUGGCCAUUGGCGUCCAUGAACUGGCGGCAAUUAGUGAAAGAAGAAUUGAAAGGCUCUGCAAUCCUUCCCUCAGCGAGCUGCCUGCCUUCCUGGUGGCUGAAGGAGGUCUCAAUUCUGGCUUCAUGAUAGCCCACUGCACCGCAGCAGCCCUGGUGUCUGAGAGCAAGGCUCUGUGCCACCCUUCAUCUGUGGACUCACUCUCUACCAGUGCCGCCACGGAGGACCACGUCUCCAUGGGAGGAUGGGCAGCCAGGAAAGCCCUCAGGGUUGUCGAGCACGUGGAACAAGUGCUGGCCAUUGAGCUUCUCGCGGCCUGCCAGGGCAUAGAGUUUCUGCGCCCCCUGAAAACAACCACUCCGCUGGAGAAGGUGUACGACCUGGUGCGCUCCGUAGUAAGGCCCUGGAUAAAAGAUCGCUUCAUGGCACCAGACAUCGAGGCAGCACACAGGUUGCUUCUUGACCAAAAGGUUUGGGAGGUUGCUUCACCAUACAUCGAGAAAUACAGAAUGGAGCACAUUCCAGAAUCCAGACCACUUUCUCCAACGGCGUUUUCGCUAGAAUCUCUCCGAAAAAAUUCAGCCACAAUCCCAGAGUCUGAUGAUCUUUAACGGGCUUCUUCAAGGACAGGCACCUCAGCUUGAGCUGAGCACAGCACUGGUGGGAUGAAGGAGAGUCCCAGGAACCGCCUUCGAGGUGUAGAACUCAUCUCUUUUUGGACAUACUCUGGUUAGGCCAUGGCAGUAAUGCAGUUGCUGAACCCAGAGCCCUGUUCUUGCUUUCUUGUUGCUGUGGUUUGAGAAGUACUGGGCACCUUCUGAUCGUGGAGUUUUCUUUCUUGAUAAUAUAAACUGGCUACACUUAAAAACAGCCACAAUUCCUUAGGUUUACUUUUUACUCUUGUUAUUAGGAAAAUCAAUUCAGAGCAUUCUUUUUUAAAAAAAAAAAAAAACCAUUAGGGGGCUGGAGAGAUGGCUCAGAGGU